AUGGGGUCCACGUGUGUGGGGGGUCCCCUGUCCGCGGCACCCAGGAGGCACCGAGUCCCAGCGAGGCCCCUCCCCGCCCGGCGCCCGCCUCCCCCCGGGGUCGGGCCGAGGGCGGCGGGGCACAAAGGCCGCUUGUCCGCCGCGCGCGCCCAGCCCGCGGCCGCGGUGCCGCUGAUUCACGGCGGGGCGGCGCCCGUCCGGCCCCGGCGCCCCCCGCCGCCCCGGGGGGUCGGAAGUGGGGGCGGGGGCGGCGCCGGCAACUUUCCCUCUCAACCCCCGAGGAAUGUCGGCGGAUUUCCUGAAACCCGACCCGGCCGCCGCCGGCCGCCCGCCCUCACCUGCGCCGGGCCCGGGGGGCGGCGCGGGGGGCGCGCACCUGGGGCGGGGCCGGGGCGCACCUGGGGCCCGGGGGCGGCCGGCGGCGCCCGCCGCGCCUCCGCACGCCCCCCGCCUCAGUGUCCCCGGCGGGGCGGGGCCCGCGGCCGGGGGAGGGGCGCCGCCGUCCAGAUGUCCGCGGCGCGCCGGGCACAGCCGCGCCUGAUUAAGGCACGUGGGGGCCGCGGAGAUGAAAGCGGGGCCCGCGCCGCCCGCCGGAACCUGCGGCCCCGCGACCCCGCGGCCGCCCCGUCUGGGGGACGGAGCCGGGGCGGGGCGGCGGCACCUGCGGCGGGCGGGCCCGGGGCCCCCGGCCUCCGGCCCCGCCACCCCGACCCCUCCCCGGCGGGGGCCCGGGACCUUGGGCCCUGGGGCGCGGGCGCGGGGUCCCGGCGCGCUGGGCGGGGCCGGGGGGCGCGGGGGCUGCCUCGCUCGGGUGACGUCAGCGCCCGGUCCCCGCCGUCCCCGCUCCCGGCCCCGCGUCCCCGUCCCCGCGUCCCCGGCCCCCGCUCCGGCCCCGCCAUGGCCGCCCUGGCGCUGCUGCUGCUCCCGCUGCUGGCGCCGCCCGCCGCGCCCGCCCGCGAGCCGCUGGCCCCGCCGCCACUCGGGGACGCCGGGAGCUGCCCGCAGCGCUGCCGCCAGCGGGAAGCGGGCCCGCCGCCCGCGCAGCCCCUGUCCCCCCAGGCCGAGCCGGAGGCCCCCUCCGCGUCACCCUACGACAAGGCCGUGCUGGUCAGCGCCUGUGAGCGGGGCUGCCGCCUCUUCUCCAUCUGCAGCUUCCUGGCCCAGAGCUCCGAGCCCAACGCCACGCAGGCCGAGUGUGACACAGCCUGCCUGGAAGCCUACGUGAAGGGCUCGGAGCAGCAAGCCUGCAGCUGGGGCUGCUGGAGCCAGACCACCCUGCCGGAGCUGCUGCCAGAACAGAAGAGGAAAGUUCUAGAAGCACCUAGUGGGGCCCUCUCCCUCCUGGACUUGUUUUCCACCCUCUGCAAUGACCUGCUCAGCUCUGCCCAGGGCUUCGUGUCCUCCACCUGGACGUACUACCUGCAGACGGAUAAUGGGAAGGUGGUGGUCUUUCAGAGCCAGCCUGUGGUGGAGGAGCUGGGAUCCCAGGACAGCCGGCUGCGGCGCGUGGAGCUGACGUGGAGGGGAUCUCGCCCCCAGGCCCUGGAGGUGCACGUGGACCCUGUGGGCCCUCUGGACGAGGUGCGCAAGGCCAAGAUCCGGGUGAAGACACAUAGCAGAGCCCGGGCGGAGCCGGUGGAGCCCCAGGAUGGGGACUUCCUCAGCUGCAUGUCCCGGCGCUCCGGGCUGCCCCGCUGGGUCCUCUCCUGCUGCCUCUUCCUGUCCCUGCUGGUCACCUUGUGGCUCAGCUGCUGCACCCUGGUCUCCGCGCCGCGCCCGCACCUCAAGUUCCAGCCCCUGACCCUGGAAGCGGACUGGCCCCCCUACCCGCCGGCGUCCCCUGGCUGCCCCGACAGCCCCCCGUCCUACAAACUGCGCCUGGACCUCACCAAGCUCUAGGCCUUCUUCUGCCGCCACCUCAGCCAAGGUCACGGGGAACAGGCCUGGGGCUUCUGCUCCCCACCCCACUCCCCCACCCCGUCCUGUCCUUCCUCCGCCCCCGGGCCCCAGGUGUGACCCCAGUCCUCCCUGUCCCUGUCUCUGGGGCAAGCUUUCGUCUAUCUUGUGGCUUCGGAGUGUUUGAGCCUGUUUGGUGUCGCCUUUCUCUUCCCCCCCACCCCCCACUCCCUUUGGGGGGUGUCUGAGGCCAUGGGGGGCCUUUGGCUCUGCUUCCCACCUUCCCAGCCGCC